GCCCAGGCUCUGGGAGAAGCUUCUAGAGUUUCUACCUAGAGCCUCGCUGCUAUGGAAAGCCAUGCUUUGCAGCGGCACCCCAGGAAGCUGCUCCCCUUCCACCCGAAGUCCUCACCUACCUCUGCAGCGUGACCACUGACCCAUCUCCCGUCUCCAGGAUGAUCCCUCUCCCCAUCAAGACCCAGUGCUGGCCCUCCCGGCUGACUGUAAUCAGAGCCGAGGUCCUGCUAUUCAUAGCCACCCUCCCACACUGGGGACAGUGGUAACUCUGCACUGGGACUAGAGUCCAAGAAGCCAGCUGAUGUGGACACACAGGGUGCCGCUAUGUCCAGCCCAGAUGCUCUGCCUGAUUACCCACUCCACUCGGACGUGGUGAGAAGGCUGAAGUCCGCCUUGGCUGCCCAGGACGUGGAGGCAGUGGGGGAACUGCUCUGCACCGAAGUGGCCCGCGCGGACGCAGUGAUAGAGCUGGACAACGACGACUGGAUGAAGGAGCCCUGGGCGCAACUGCCCCCUGGCGCCCUGCUAGGAGACCUGGGCCGCAUCCAGCCCCUCAUGGACCAGUUCUUCCAGGAUGCCAACGUGGUGUUUGAGAUCAGUAAGGAAGAGAUGGAGUGGCAGGUGAAGUCCCCGGCCACGUUUGGGCUGUCAGGCCUCUGGACCCUGGAGUACAAGCGCGAGCUCACCUCGCCCCUGCGCCUCGCUGCGGCCCAUGGCCACACGGCCUGCGUGCGACACCUGCUGGGCCGCGGCGCGCACCCCGAUGCCAGCCCAGGGGGCCGCGCCGCCCUACACGAGGCCUGCCUGGGGAGCCACACGGCCUGCGCCCGCCUGCUGCUGCAGCACCACGCCGACCCGGACCUGCUCAGCGCCGAGGGCCUGGCGCCCCUGCACUUGUGCCGCACACCGGCCUCAUUUGGGUGUGCACAAGUGCUGCUGGAGUACGGCGCCUCGGUACAGAGAGCUGGGGGCGCGGGCCAGGACACCCCACUGCAUGUGGCAGCACAGCACGGCCUGGACGACCACGCGCGCCUCUACCUGGGCCAUGGUGCGCACGUGGACGCGAGGAACAGCCGCGGUGAGACAGCACUGAGUGUGGCGUGCGGUGCGGCACAGAGACUCGAGGACCACGAGUGUGGCCUGCACCUGUGCGCGCUACUCCUACAGCACGGCGCGGCAGCGGAUGCGCGCGACGAGGACGAGCGCAGCCCACUGCACAAGGCCUGCGGCCGUGCGCACCACAGCCUGGCGCGCCUGCUGCUGCUGAACGGCGCCGACACAAGCGCGCUCGACUAUGGGGGUGCCUCACCGCUGGCCCACGCGCUGCAGAGGGCUGCCUGCGCGCCCCUGGCUGAGGCACAGCGCACAGUGCAGGUGUUGCUCAACCACGGUUCCCCCACCUUGUGGCCUGAUGCCUUCCCCAAGGUGCUGAGGACCUGUGCUCCAGUCCCUGUGGUCAUUGAGGUCCUUUUCAACUCCUACGCUCAGCUCCGUGUGUCCGAGGCCUGGAAGGAGCUGAUCCCCGGUGAAGUCUAUCAGAUCCACCAGCCUUUCUACCAGUCUCUCUUCGCCCUCGCCCACACCCCGCGCUGCCUGCAGCACCUCUGCCGCUGUGCCCUGCGCAAACUCUUCGGCAAGAAGUGUUUUCACCUUGUGCCCCUGUUACCCUUGCCUGAGCCCUUGCAAAACUACCUGCUUUUGGAGCCAGAGGGUGUGUUGCACUGAGAACCAGAGCACCACGUGGCACCAAGUUCCCAUCCUCCUGUCGAGUAUAGAGGAGCGCACCAUGGCCAAGAGGGGCACACCUGGACAGGCAUCCCGUCCCCCUCAUGCUCCCUGUGUCAGGUGGAAGCACAGACCCACAAGCCUCAGACUCACCUUGCAACGAGACUGGUGAUCAAACCCCUUUCCGCCCUCAGGGAUGCAUGUGAAGAUCAUGUGAAUUCGUGGCUAUGAUACUACCUGCUGUGACAGCAGUGAGUUCACCUGAGAUGCAGUUUUCCCAAGGUGGCUUAGCAGCAUGUGUCCCCCAGCUCAUGGGGGCUCAUCCCACAGGAAAGGACUCCCCCCUCCUUCUGGAGCCUGGCCACCUGGAGAGGAACUGUGCCCGUGACCCACCAGAACCUCACAUUGAGAGAGGAUCCCUGCCUUCCAGAGGAGCACACUUGCCCAGGGCAAGUAAUCACAGGACAGUCCAGCACUGCUGGAAGCACAUGGAAAGGUGGCAAGCCGGGCUCUCUGACGUCCUCACUGUGACCGCUAUCCUGUUGGGUCAGCUUGGCUGAAUUAAGAACCACCUGGCACAUCAGCAAAGCAUACCCCCAGGUGUGUCUAGAAGGGUAGUGGAGGUGUGGCCUUGGGUACUGUGUAUGGUCCCAGGUCCCUUCCUCCCUGGCGUUGUUUCCCCGAUCUGCCCUGAGCUGCCAUGAACUAAGCAGCUGUGCUCCAGCGUGCCUCUCCACCUUGGACUGAAUCCUGCCUGGACAGAAACCCUUGAAACCAUGAGUCAAGUUACCUCACCUCCUUUAAAUUGCAGGUGUUGAGCGUGGUGUCCCAGCGACGAGAAACUGACUAAUGCAUUCACCCAGUCCCACCUGACCCCACUUGGAGAACAGCCCUGGAAGGCAGGUGCCCGGAGUCCACAAGGGUUAAUGGGUGCUACAGCUCAGCCUGAAUAUCGCACAGUAAGAGACACCUUCUCCUCAAGGACAGUGUUCACCUUGUCUUCUCUGUGCUGAUGCUUUAAUAUUUGGGGCCUUGUUGGUGCUGAAGGACAGUCCAUCCCAAGAGCAGCCAGUCCCCAGAGACAAUAACCAGCUCACCAUCACAAGCCAAGCAGCACAGAGCCCAGACUUAGCCUGCUCUGUCCCAGGCUGUCAGAUGCAUGGCUACUGUCCUUCCCUGAUUGCUCCAGGCAAGUGUCAGACAACUCCUGUGCCCCAGAGCUACGGGGAGUACGCUGACCAGCCAACCUUAGGCCUGCCAUCCCUGUCUUCCCACUCUUCCCCACCUCCUCCUGGACAUGCCCGGUACUUCCCCGUGUGAGCCCUUGGCAUGCUGGGCUCCCUGUUCCUGAAAAGAGUGAAUAAUAAAUAGUCUGCUCUGGGAA